UAAUCAAUUGCAAUCAUUACCGCAACAUUAGAGACACAAAGUCUGCCUCUAUCUCGGUGCAGUUCUGUUUGGGUGCUGUGAGGCCCUUGUGUGUGAACACUCGACGGAAAGAUCAUGAAGUGUUUGGUAAUUAGGCGAAUAGAGAAGAGGAAGACGAUCAUUAACGUGAUGCCUUUUUUCAAGUGCUUUGUCGUCUUGUCUCUGGUGGCUCUGGUGGUGGCGACUGAGGAGCAGCCACAGGAAGUGAAGAAGGGAAAACGAGGAAUUCUGGACUUUGGCUACGGAUACGACGCAUUUCCUCCCUAUGCUGGGGAUUUCGGCCACUUCGAUCAUGGAAUCUACCCGCCAGCUCCCUUACCAGCUCCCUAUCCUGGGUGGCUUCCUCACGGCGGAAUCCUCGGAGCUCACACGAAUACGGUGGUCACGAAGAAAAUCGGCUUUCCCGUUCCCGUCCCAGUCGACAGGCACAUCCCGUUUCCAGUGAAGGUUCCAGUCGCUGUUCCUGUUCCCUAUCCAGUCGUGAAGCACCUGCCGAUUCCUAUUGUGAAGCACGUUCCGGUUCCCUAUCCCAGACCCUAUCCAGUGCCUAUUGUGGCGAAGCCCCUGCUUCACGAUCCCUGGCUCGCGCCCAAGAUCUGGUGAAGCCCAUCAAAGUAGUGUUUAAACCCUUAACAGUAAUCUCAUAUUCAAUGAACCCAUAAAUUCAUGUGCCAAACACUACAAAGUUGACCACAGGAAGAGUUCCGGCUGAGAAGAGACGUUUGUAUACCCAUGAAGGCAAAGUGGCAAUAAAGUAC